AUGCCCGGUCGUGGCAACGCCACGACCGGUUUUAAGCAGACCAGCAGCCCCUUCUUCAUUACUGGCCAACACGUUUUUGAAACAUCUACGAUGGAGUCCUUUUACCGCGUUGAUGCUCCGCAUAGUGUCUACGAGCACCCUUCCUUGCGUUUAUCUUCGCUAGAGACCGGCACAUUAGGGGGAGGCAGAGCUCCGCUUCAGGAAUUGACUACUCAAGACGCGAACCAGAUCACCGUCCGUUCAGUCAAACGGGGACAGGCUGACGAUCGUGUGUAUGACGAACGUGCAAAGAAGCCCAAGAUCUCUCACGAAAAUCCCGAAUUAGACUCCAUUAAUUUAAGUUCUAUCUUAUCGUUACCUAACCCUGGUUUACAGAUUGACCCAAGGGAUUCAGACACUAUAUCAGAGGAUCAGCUACAUGCGGGCUUGCAUGCAAUGUCCGUACUCGAGCUAAAAGCGCUAGAAGAGUCUGUGCUUAGCGCUUUUGAAUAUAGCGAUAAUGUUGUUGUAUUAGGAGAGAAAAAGUUCCCUGUACCAACAGGUAGCGAAAUCAACAGUUUUCUCAAGUUCAAACGCACCCAUCCCGACUUGGGAGGAAGAGUUCAUGUCCUCAAAUACCCUCAACGAGCCAUGCCAGAUUGUUGGAAUACGGCUGUACAAAAGCCGUCAGAUCGGAUCUUGUUGGCCUUCUAUUGGUUUGCGAUCUGCACUGGCAAGAGUCUUAUCCCUGAGACGAAUCCAUGGCUUGAUUUUGUUAUAUUCCAAAACAGUCCUGGAAUCCGAUCGGCUAUCCUGUGCCUUGCUGCUGUGCAUCUUCAUGAUCAUGCCCCCGACAGAGGUAAUGGCUAUCGAGUGAUCAGCAACAAUGCAUUCGGCUAUCGAGCUAUUCAAUUACACAAGCGCACUGUUGCUUAUCUUCGCAACCUCCUCGGCCGCAAGCAAGAUGGGUCGUCCAGCGAGACCCUGCGGAUUGAGUAUCGGAUGAAGGCACCCUUUGAGCCCGCAUGGUAUCAGGGAUUGAGACUGGCGGAGAAGCACCUUGACAAGAUGAGGCAAAAAACUCCGUUCUGGGAAGAAGAAUGCUGGAACCAGAAGAUCCCGAAGAGCCUGAAAGAUACCUUGCCGAUGGGGUUGGCGGAGUCCCGACCGACCAGGCAAAAAUGCUCUCAACUCACAAGCCUUCACGAAACCCACCCAACAAGCCCAACGGAAACCCCACCGAUAAGCCCCCAGCACCCCCAGCUGACAAGAUUUCGCAUUUCUCAGGCUGUCGUGGUCGCUCGGGGAAUCAUCUUUGCGCAGGUAAUGUGGAAACUACCUCAGCCAGAAACCUUUGUUCCAACGGAGGAAAGCCGUCGAUUUAGCUGGUUGCUACAGCCGUCAUCUGAGGAUGUCUGGACGAUCCACGGAGGAUGCGGCGUUUCCCCAAAACUGCUGCAUAUCAUGAGCCAAAUUAAUUACUGUGCGACAAGGUUACACCAGAAUAACCAAAGCAUUGUGGUGCCCAUAACGGCAAAGAAAUUACUCCAACUGCUGUACAAGCUAAAACCCACUGGGUCGGUCGAGCCUUCGAUUGAUUCGACUAUGAAGAUGAUCGAACAAACAGCUUAUGCCUGGCUUCUCACCGCGAUCAUAUACCUUCAAUGUCGGGUGCAAAGGUAUCCCCCCAGUCACACAUGUGUCAGCAGGCAUUUAAAAGCCUUAGCCAAAUGCAUCCAAGCAAUUCCGGCAUCUGGCCCUUACUUCACUGCAGAUGCCCCUAUUCUGCCUGUAUUCCUCCUCGGUCUGUUGUCCGUGGAGCAUAAAGGAGUCGCGCAAGACUGGUUUGAGAGGGUACUUCAAGUGCCGGUCAGAAGUACUGUUCCUCCCAUCUACCAAGCAUUGAAGCGAACAUGGGAGUGGAAACAGAUAUGGCCUUCAGCCAAAAACCUACCUUAUUCAAUCCGAGAAAGAGAGCCUUGGUGGGAGAAGCUAGUUGAUCGACUUCUUGAUGAGGCGGGAGGUAUGCUAUGUUUUAUGUAA